UUUCAUUUACUCUAAUAUCUAUGCUUCAAUCUGUUCUUUGAUAUAGAGCGGUUGCAGUGACGUCACUUUUUGACGUCAUAAUUACUUCCGUAUGGCAAAAAUUAAUGAGCCUCAUUCGUUUACAGUAGUAAAGUUGCUUCUUCUAUGACUUCUUUUACACAGCACAAGGCAGAAAAGGAGUACAAUUCUAGCGGUAGUAAGCAGAAAAGUGGCGAUAGCAAUAAUUACAGGAGUAACAAGGCAAUGCUGUGUUCACUUUGGCCGCUUCACUGGUUCUCUAUCCGAGGACUUUUUGCUUCCUUUACAUCCCUGAGUCCAGGAGAAUGAAAGAGCAGCAUGAAUUAGCCAUGCUCAUAGUUAAGGAAGCCUUCCAGAAGAGUUUAUAGCGCUGUAGAAAUGAAUGGCAAAGUAGCCAUUUUGCCAUGCGGAAGUAAUUAACUAAUUAUGACGCAUGCUGUGACGUCAUAUGAAACCGCUCUAUUGUUGUUCAGUUCAUGCAUGGCAACGUAAUAGGGGCGGGGCUUAAAUUGUAUUUUGUGAUAUCUCCGUAGACUAUCAUGUACCUAAUGUCUUCUCACAGGAAACAUGCUCAGUCACAUGGAACUUGCUCUUCUUGUGAAGUGCUAAAGAAAGAAAAUGCUUCCUUGAAAUCAGAGCUAGAAACUUUAAAGAGAUGUCAGUUGAGAAUUUUAGUGAGACGAGCCAAUUUAUUAAAAGCUCACAUACUCCAGCUGGAGCGACAGUUAUUAAUAUUAUCUGAUGCUCUUGACGGCCAGGUUCAAUUGCUAUCUGAUCUUCAGGUUUAUGGGGAGGCACUGGAAUAUAAGAUAAAAAAUAAAGAGCCAAUUGCUGAAGAUGUAACACAUUUGAGAAAGUUAAAUCAAAGGCUUAAAAAAGUUUCAUGUGCCAGUGAAGAUGUUGCUCUACCUUUAGUGUAUACUGGUGGAUUAUCAAAGCCACUCACAAUAUUGGACUCUUUAUCUAACAAAGAUAAUAUAUCACUGAGAGAAAUAGUGAGUACUGAUGAGUACAUGUGCCAAUGUAUUGUGUGCUUACUGGGAAAGAAUUUA